AUGAUAAGUCUUUCCAUUGUGAAGGAGCCAUUUUCUUUCUUUCUUUCUUUCUUUCUUUCUUUCUUUCUUUCUUUCUUUCUUUCUUUCUUUGUAUCUGUCUGUGGAAUCCGUGUAAAAGAGCAUACCAGUAUCUAUCUAUCUAUCUAUCUAUCUAUCUAUCUAUCUAUCUCACCUUUCAUUAUUAACUGUUUGAUUUAUUUCUUUGUAUCUGAUGCUCUCUUUUUGUCCUUGUACUUCUUUAUCUCAUUGUACUCUCUCUCUCUCUAUCUAUCUAAGUCUGUUCAUAAUCUAUCUAUCUAUCUAUCUAUCUAUCUCAGUCUGUUCAUAAUCUAUCUAUCUAUCUAUCUAUCUCAGUCUGUUCAUAAUCUAUCUAUCUAUCUAUCUCAGUCUGUUCAUAAUCUAUCUAUCUAUCUAUCUCAGUCUGUUCAUAAUCUAUCUAUCUAUCUAUCUAUCUCAGUCUGUUCAUAUCUAUCUAUCUAUUUCGUUUGUAAUUCUUUAAUCCCCACUUAG